AUGGCCGUCCAACUCUGGGAACAUAUGCCUGGAAAGGCACUCAUGUUUCUUCUCAACCUCUUCACCGCUAUUGCCCUCAUCUUCGAAGGCUACAACCAGGGAGUUCUGGGCACCGUCAGCACGACACCAGGCUUCAUUGACAUGGCCAGUAUCGGGUCCAAUGGUGUUGUGACCAACAGCACCAAGCAGGGUGGUCUGCUGGCAGCGUACUAUUUCGGUGCCAUGUGGGCAUGUUUCAUUGGAGGUUGGGUCGGCGACAAGCUCGGCCGCAAAAAAGGCGUCUGGAUCGGCUCACUCUUCUGCAUGCUCGGCGCGGCGCUCAUGCCCGCCAGUCAAAACAGUAACAUGUUUAUCUGCGCGCGUGUCAUCGCAGGAAUAGGCAUCGGGUUCAUCAACGCUAUCGUUCCGCCGUGGGUGAGCGAGCUCUCUCAAGCGCACGACCGCGGCUCCAACUUCUCGCUCGUCUUCGUUGCGAACUACGCCGGCAUUGUGAUUGCAUACUGGCUCAAUUUCGGUGUCAGGUCGUCCACGGUAGAGUUCCAAUGGCGUUUUCCCCUGGCAUUUAUGGCGGUUCCCGUGUUGAUUGUUGUUCUUACUGUCUUCUUCCUUCCUGAGUCGCCGAGAUGGCUGAUGGCCAAUAAUCGCCGCGAGGAAGCGGUCAAUAUCCUGCGCAAGAUCCGUGGCGACUUGGAUCUCCAUGACCCUAGGCUUCUUAUCGAAGUUGAGCAGCUCGAAGCAAUUGUCGAAGCAUCAUACCACAAACGAAAUAACUUUCUCAAUCUCGUCCUCGGUGGUCGCUACUCGGGGAAACUGCAUCUUGGUCGACGCGUUGUCAUGGGUCUGGCACUCCAGCAGAUCCAGCAAUGGACAGGUAUCCUCGCUAUUGCCACCUGGGCUGGUACGCUCUUCAGCCUUGCCGGGUUCGAUUCCUACAAGUCAGCCUGGCUGGCCGGUCUGGUCAACACCUUCGGUAUCCUGGGCACCGCCGCUGCAUCACUGGUUAUCGACCGCAUAGGCCGGAUUAAAUCUCUCAUGAUGUCUUUCAUCACGCAGGGUAUAGCCUUAUUCCUUGUCGCCGCGCUUAUCAAGGAGAGUCAAAACCGCCAAGCCACUGAUCCCGCAAUGGCAUCCACCCUAGGUACCGCCGCAGCAGCCUUCGUCUUCGUCUACCUCUGGUUCUUUACCAUGUUCAACAUCGUCCCAUGCUGGAUCUAUGGCACGGAAAUCUGGCCGCAGGAAGUGCGUGCAAAAGGAUACUCAUUCACUAUUUUGGGCUGGGCGAUCGGAUGCGGAAUGAACACCUUCGUGAUCCCCAUCAUGCUAGCCCACUUGGGAUGGGCCACCUUCAUCUUCUUUGGCUGCAUGAACGUCCUCGCCAUGCCAGUCGUAUGGUUCUUCUAUCCCGAGGUCGCCGGUAGAUCACUCGAAGAGGUCAAUCUGCUGUUCACGAGCGAGAGUCUGCUUGUGAGCAAGAACAUGGAAGAGUAUCACCGGCGCAUCGGUGAGGCCGGUGGUAACAUUGCGGUAGCUGCGCGAAGGCUGUUGGACGAGGUUGAUGGCACUACAGAUCUCGAUCCAAGAAGGGUGCUUGCGGCGGAGGGCGAGAAGAACAGAGCCCGUCAUGUAGAAGAGUCACCGAGCAAAGUCUAG